ACUGUGUUGGUGGGUGCGCAGACCGAGAAUAACAGUUUCCAUAGAUCGGUAAAUCAGUCGACGCCCGUUGUUCAUGCACAAAGUGUCAUUUCAUAUAAAAUUUUAAAAUUAAAAAUUAAAAUUAUACUAUUUAUAAUAUCUCUUCUGUAGUAAAAAAUAUUACAUCAAAACUAUAUAGUAGUAAUAUUCUAUAUAUAUACAGCUUAAAUCUAGAAGUUGAUCAUGACUUCGAUGCUGUCGUUUGUACUGGAAAACGUACCAAGUGAUUGGGAAUCAGUAAGCACAUAUAACAGCAGUUAUAUAUUAUUUGAUGUUAAUGUCCUUAGUAGAGAGGCAGCGAAUAUAAAAGCAAUGUUUAACUCGACGUCAUUAAACAUAAAUACUAUUCGACGAGUCCAAAAUCCUUUUCAGUAUGGUCGUUUCAAGUUAAGACAAGAAAUGUUAAACUCUAAUUCAGUGGACACAGUGUUUCAUAUUGUACACCCAAGUGAUCUAGAAACAGCUCUGAAGUACACAUGUGACUACAGGAGAUAUAAAAACAGUCAUAGUUCUGAAGGUGAGAAUAAACAUCCACGCUUUUAUCCCAAUGUCCAGAACGCUGUUGUCAACUGGUCUUCAUCAAUGAUAAACGAUAGUUGCGUAUUGGUUGUCAGUAAAAUAUCUGGUAACCCCAAGACGCAAAGUGACUAUUAUGUCCAAUACGUUGUUGAUUUUAAAUAAUCUUCACUAAAUAUAUUAAUAUUAUAAUACCUUUUAUCUGUACCUAUGUAGUUAGGUAUCGAUACACCAAUAUAAAUAAAAAAACACAUUUUAUAACAUAA